AUGAAGUCCGAGCCAGCAAGGCCCUGUGCUGCAGGUAGUGUUUCCCCAAAGACAGACGCUAGGCAGAUGCUAGCUCACCUCUGCCAUGUCAUGGGAUCAGGCGUCCUUGAAAUGGCAGCAAUGGCAGAAUUCAACAACAUCUGUUCAGUGACUGAAAUGCCAGAAGGAGGUGAUGCUAAACACGGUUUCCAUCACAGAAUGUUCUUGGAACCCAAAGAGAAGAAGAGGAGCAUGAAGGCUCUGGUGGUUAAGCACGCAAAGAAAACUUGCAGCUGUACUCCAGCCAAAGUUAAAGACUAUGUUUUCAGUUUCUUUCCCGUCUUGCAAUGGCUUCCUAAAUACAAACUAAGAGAGUACCUACUGGGAGACAUAAUGUCUGGUGUGAUUGUGGGGGUCUUACUAGUCCCACAGUCAAUUGCCUAUUCUCUCUUGGCUGGACAGGAGCCUAUUUAUGGCCUUUAUACAUCCUUUUUCGCUAGCAUUAUUUAUUUCAUAUUUGGAACCUCCCGCCACAUCUCAGUUGGCAUCUUCGGUGUGAUUUGCCUGAUGGUGGGACAAGUGGUGGAUCGUGAAAUACAGAGAGCUGGCUAUGACUUAGAGCCAGCUGCGCUCAGUGUCCUCACAGAUACAGCAGCAUAUGUAAACACCACCAUUUUGCCUGUAAAUCAGACAUCGCAGAAGCUGCUCUGUGAUAAAAGCUGCUAUGCAAUUACAGUGGGAGCCACCAUGACCUUCAUAGCUGGAGUUUAUCAGGUGGCCAUGGGUUUCUUUCAAGUGGGCUUUGUCUCGGUGUACCUCUCCGAUUCAUUGCUGAGUGGAUUUGUCACGGGUGCCUCCUUCACCAUCCUAACCUCACAAGCCAAGUAUCUCCUGGGCCUAGACAUUCCACGGAGCAGUGGCAUCGGCUCCCUCAUAGCGACGUGGAUAAACAUCUUCAGAAACAUACGCAAGACCAACAUCUGUGAUCUCAUCACCAGCUUCUUGUGCUUUCUUGUACUUAUCCCAACCAAAGAGCUUAAUGAACAUUUUAAAUCCAGGCUCAAGGCUCCAAUACCAGUUGAACUAGUCGUGAUUGUGGCAGCUACUCUGGCAUCUCACUUUGGGAAGCUGAGAGAGACUUAUGGCUCAAGCGUUGCUGGACACAUCCCAACUGGGUUUCUGCCACCCCGCCCUCCAGACUGGAACCUGAUUCCUAAUGUGGCUUUGGAUGCUAUCCCCAUAGCUAUUAUUGGCUUUGCCAUCACUGUGUCCCUUUCAGAGAUGUUUGCCAAGAAGCAUGGUUACUCCGUGAAGGCCAACCAGGAAAUGUAUGCCAUUGGCUUCUGCAACAUCAUUCCCUCUUUCUUCCAUUGCUUCACAACAAGCGCAGCUCUUGCCAAGACUCUUGUCAAAGAGUCCACAGGCUGUAGGACACAAAUGUCUGGUAUGGUGACUAGUUUGGUAAUCCUCUUAGUCCUCCUUGUGAUUGCACCUUUAUUUUAUUCUCUUCAGAAAUGUGUCCUUGCUGUCAUAACCAUUGUAAACCUCAGAGGAGCCCUGCGGAAGUUCAAGGACCUGCCAAAAAUGUGGCAUUUGAGCAGAGUGGACACAGUGAUCUGGCUAGUUACUAUGGCAGCCUCAGCACUCAUCAGUACUGAGAUUGGUCUUUUGGUUGGUGUUUGCUUCUCUAUGCUCUGCGUCAUUUUCCGAACUCAGAGACCGGAGGCACCGCUGCUUGGCUGGGUGGCAGAGUCUGAGACAUAUGAAUCCCUGUCUGCUUACAAGAACUUGCAAACCAAGCCAGGAAUCGUGGUGUUCCGUUUCGAAGCACCCCUCUACUACAUCAACAAAGAGUGCUUUAAAUCCACCCUGUACAAGCAAACUGGGGUCAACCCAGUCUGGGUGAAGGCAGCAAAGAAAAAGGCAGCAAAAAGAAUGUUUAGAGAGAAAGAGGUGGAUUCUGGUGGCAACCAGGCCAGCAUCUCCACGGAUUUUGUCUCUGAACCUCUGGAGUUUCACACAAUAGUGAUUGACUGUUGUGCAGUGCAGUUUCUGGACACAGCAGGAAUACGCACGCUCAAAGAGGUCUGCAAGGACUACAGGGAGAUAGAUGUCCAGGUGCUACUGGCCCAGUGCAAUCCUUCGGUGAGGAGUUCCCUGAUCCGAGGAGAAUUCUUUAAAGAGGGGGAGGACCACCUUCUCUUCCACAGUGUGCACCAGGCUGUGGACUUUGCAUUGGGUGCACAGGGGCACAGUGGGACCAGCGCUUCUAAGAACUAGUUGUGGAAAGGCAGGAAGUUGGAACAAAGCCAGGCUGUGAGUCUGUAUGUCUAUGCAAUAUAUAUGCACUCAGAUGAAAAGAGGCAGGGUUGUUAACACACUGGUUACUAUGCAGUCUGUUUUGAUGCUUUCAAUUUGUCUGCCAGGUAUAGUGAUUCAAUAGGGGGUACUGAAUGAAGGCAAUUCUUAACUUGAUUAUGGCUAAUCUGUGAAUCUAAGAGUUUUCAUAUGGUUGUUCAUCUCGUUUCUCUUCUCUCUUGAACUUUCCAUGUCUCAAUUCCCCUCUAAGUUUUGAUCAUCGGCAUUGAAGUCUUUAUUGCAACCCUGUCUUUAUGGAUGGGACGGGAUUUUGAAGUAGUAGGGGCAUCCUGUCCAGCCAAAUUCAAGCAACUCACUUCUUGUCCCUCAUUCUGGCAUUGCUUUUCCGUAUCACCACACCCUUAUAUUUUCUAAGGAAUGACUGACAGGGACUGUUUGCUCUGGUCUUUAGUGUGGAGUGAUUGGUUGGUGAUUUUGUCACCUCCCUGAAUUUGAGAUAGAUAGAUAAAUAAAAUCUAAACAUGCAUGAAAAGGUCUUAAUGAAUAGCUUCUAAUCACCUGUCACCUCCAGAGGCUUUGGCAUUGUGUCCCGAGAGCCUAAUGCAGCCAGACAAGGGGGGCAUGGUUAUCUCAUUUCUACAUGGGCCUUUACAUGCCAGGAAAGUUUCCCUCUUUAGCUUGAAUUUCUUUUGAAUGAUUUUUUUUCAGAGGUGACUGUUUAGAAGUCUGAUUCAUGCUUAUGGUCAGUCAUUUGUUUUCCUAAUAUUUAGGAGCUCUUUAGAAUUGUGGGCGUUAGAUAUGGAAAAUCUCUAAUUCUUGAGUUUCAACAGGAAACAGUCCCUUAUAGCCAGUUUUAUAUGCCAGGCAGACAGAAUUGCAGGCACCAAAAUGAAAAGGGCCAAACGGAUUAUCCAACAUCUGUCCAAAUUUGUCCAUGUCACACAGACUUCAUGUGUGAAUCCAGGUUUUAUUGACCAUAGACCCUUUACGCGUGCUCUGUCAUGGACUUUAUGUAAUGGGGAUGGACAGGCCAAGAAAUAAAGCCAUUAGAAAAGGAGCCAGAGAAAUUCUUUGCUGAAUGUUAUUUUACCACGUUAGUGUGAAUAAAACUUUGUACUUUGAUUUUAAAUUAUGCAGAACAGUGAAGAGUACCUGUUCUUCAUGCUAAAAUACAAGCACCAGGUAGGAAGAGGUUCUCUUUUCUUACACCAAUAGAAUACAAUUAUGAAGGCAGAAUUGAGAGAUUAACGGUUUUUACUGAGUACCAGCUAUACAUAGCACACAGUACAUCCUUGGAAGAUGGUGGUUUCUCCCAGGGGGGUUUACAGUCUGAAUUGCAGGUUCUUCACAGCUUUUAAAAGGGAAAAAGUGUUUUAUACAGACAAUAUUCUCAUCCUUAAUCAUUCAAAACUAAUGAGUCAGGAGUCAAGGAAUAAAAUGCAAUAUGAAUUGUGAAACGUUUUCUAAAUAGAAAUAUAUUUUGAGUUCAGGAUUGUUGUCAUCUUUUUCUAAGCUAGGACCGGUAACUAUUCUCUUCUUUCUCUGGAAGCUGAAAUGUCACGUACCUAGCAGAAAGAUGAGUCCCAGGACUUGGCAACCUUUAUAUGUUAACUGAACUUACUACAUUUUUUAGGGCAUCAUAGCAGCAUAUGGAAAUACUGAGGGAGGUGGGGGGUGGCUGUAGCACGUAUUGAAAAGGAGCACAUAACUGAGAUCCGUGCAUUAUGUGUUCUAGAACUAGCAUUGUUAAGGAAACACGUCUCCAAGUAUCAGAGAGAAAAUGCUAAAGCUUCUGCAGUAUUCAAAAAACACAAAUCUUGUUCUUUCUCAGCCUUAAGGUGUGUUUAUACAAGGAGAUGAAUCUCAAAAUGGCUACUAAAAAGAAUUUUUUCUUUUCUGCAGUAACGUCCUGUGUGAACUUUUUUAUUCUGGGCUAAGAAUCCCUUAUGCAGUUUGGAUAAUUAUAAUUACUGAAUAGGUAUUACCAGAGUGGAUUAGCCUAAGCCGUAUAAAAGCAGUGAGUGGGGUUAACACCUAUGUAGGGAGUGAGUGCAGGAUGGAAAUUAUGUUUUAAUUCCUCACCAUACCUGUUUUGUGUUGAGUUCCCAUGCAGAGCCCCUGGCUUGGUGUCGAGAGAGAGCUGGCACACCGGCGGCAGCUCCCGCAGCUGGGUGCCGGCUUGGGAAGGCUUGUCACCGCAGGGGUUCGUGCCUGGCCACCGAUGGGCUGGCUGGUGGCAGGGGAGCGGUGCGUUCAGCUGAUGGCAGUGCCGUGGCCUGGGGGAGUCCCUUUUCAGCACAGUUUGUUCACAUUACCAGAAAGCAUCUCUAGAACUUUGAACAGAAGCCUUGAUACCAUUUUUAAACGCUGAUUUUAACUAAUGUUUUUCAAGAGAGCACAACAGUGCUAGAAGCAGUGCCUUCUUCUCAAAGCCCUGAUGAAAAAUUACAGCACAGCAAACAAUAAGCAGUGUACAUUGUUAUUGCAAAUGUUCCUGCCUACCCGCAGCUACUUGUUCUCAGCCCUUUGCCCCUCAGGCAUGGGCAGCUGAGAGGGAGAGGAGGAAUGAGCAGCCGGCCAGGAGACUUCCUCUAAGGCAGCUCAGCCGCAGGUGGGAUAGAAGUAAAGUAGAAAUUGCUCUGGGUGAUUCUUUCCUCUUUACACUCACAACUCCUCUCUCCCAUGCUCUUUCCACGCUGCCCACGUGGAGAUUUUUUGACCUGUGACCAUGCACAGGUUUGUGUAGCCAAAUUCUAACUGAGAAGGCAAAACCAAUAAUUAUUUAUUAAAAGGUGGUUUUUCAAAUCGAUUUCUACCUGUGCCAGGAAGGGAGGAAUAGCAAUGUUACUUCCAAGAAGUACGCACUUUCCACAGCUAGCAGGAUACAUAUUUGUAGCUCCUGGGUAUUUGUUUACAUAAAAGCACGAUAAAACAGCCAUAAAUUGAUUUUCAAAGAAUUAAUUUAGAUUACAGCUAAA